UUUCAAUUUUCAUGCAUACGUGAUACGCCCGCGCUCUCUGUUCUGUUCGCCGCCGUCCCGCCUUGGAGCACCUGCAGCCGGCCGCCUCGAAGCACACGCCGUCGUCCUCUCCGGCGAGUGCCCUUGCCCUUCCUCACGCCCGCGUCUGGUACGGUGUCUCUAUCCAUCUUGCCCGCGUCGUCUCGCCGGCGGCUUCGUAAGUAUUCUUGACUUUAAACAAUUUAUCUUAGCUUUGUCGACUUUUUUGAUACAAUAUUUAUGCGAUGGUUAGCUAGCGAAAGCUGCAGGCUAGCUAGCCAUCAUGAAGGUAGAGCGCGAUUUCCACAUGAGCCGGGGCGACGGCGAGGACAGCUACGCCUCCAACUCCAGGGUCCAGGAGAAGUCCAUACUCAAGACGAGGCCGGUGCUGCACAAGGCCGUGACGGCGGCGCACGCCUUGUCUCUCAUCUCCGCAGGAUCCGGCGGUGGCGCCAUGGUCGUCGCGGACCUCGGCUGCUCGUCGGGGCCCAACACUCUGCUCAUCGUCUCCGAGGUACUCGGAGCGGUGGCCGACUGCCGACACGAGCUGGCCACGACCAUGAUGGUGGUCGGCGGCGGCGGCCAACCGCAGCACGUGCAGAUCUUCCUAAACGACCUCCCCGGGAACGACUUCAAUCUCGUCUUCCGGUCCCUGGAGCAGUUCAAGACGCUGGCCGCCAAGGACCGGCGGGAGAAACCGCUGCUGCCGCCGUACUACGUCGCCGGGCUACCGGGCUCCUUCUACACCCGGCUGUUCCCGGACCGCUCCGUCCACCUCUUCCACUCCUCCUACUGCCUCAUGUGGCGCUCCAAGGUCCCCGACGAGCUCACCGGCGGCGCCGUCCUCAACGAGGGCCACAUCUACAUCUGGGAGACCACGCCGCCGGCGGUGGUGGCCCUGUACAGGAGGCAGUUCCAGGAGGACUUGUCGCUGUUCCUCAGGCUACGCCACACGGAGCUCGUGACCGGUGGCCACAUGGUGCUGACGUUCCUGGGCAGGAAGAGCAAGGACGUGCUCCGUGGCGAGCUCAGCUACACGUGGGGGCUCCUCGCGCAGGCUCUCCAGUCACUCGUUAAACAGGGCCGUGUGGAGAAGGAGAAGCUCGACUCCUUCAACCUGCCGUUCUACGCGCCAUCGAUGGACGAGGUGACAGACGUGAUCGCGCGGAGCCAGGCGUUCGACGUCACCCACAUCCAGCUCUUCGAGACCAACUUGGAUCCACAUGACGACGACGACAUGGAGAUGGAGAUGAACGAAGACGCCGCCGUCCAGAGCGGCGUCAACGUAGCCAGGACCAUCAGGGCCGUGAUCGGACCCCUCAUCGCGGGCCACUUUGGCGAGCACAUACUCGACGAUCUCUUCGAGCUGCAUGCCAAUAAUGUUGCGGUGCACCUCCAAAAAGUGAAGACCAAGUACCCUGUCAUCGUCGUUUCUCUUGAGGCGAGGCGCGCCAAAUAAAGGACCAAGCUAGUGAUAAGUGGCAUUAACUUAACGGUGGGUCUGUGAACUAUGAAAAGCCUGCUAUACGACUUGUCUACUAAUGAAAAGUUGUUGUAAAUUCUCUAGUUUAAAAAAACUAAAAGUCGAUUGAUUCAAA